AUGCUCUCCAGGUUAGUAAGAGAACAUAAUCAAAAACAACAAGCUAUAAGACGUAAUAAUGAGCAACUUAGAAAAGAAGCUACACAGGCUGUAGGAGAAUUAACUGAUUGCUUAGCGGACACAUUAAAUGAAAGGCACGUGCAAGUCACUUCAAUAUUUAAAACUCAGCGCGAAAUUGAAGCUGAAGCUCGUCGUCUUUCCGCGCAGUCUGCAAAAUUCACAAAACAAACAAAACAAUGGUUGAAUAUGCUAGACGGAUUUAAUUCUGCUUUAAAGGAAUUGGGAGAUGUACAGAAUUGGGCUGAAGUAAUUGAGAGAGAUAUGAAGGAGAUAGCAAUGACAUUGGAAUUCGUGCAUAAAGAAUCAUCUCAUUGGAAUGAAGAUACACAAAUACGCAUUUAUUAG